UUGUCAGCUGCUUCUGCUAGGUUUCUGCAAGCUGAGAAGAUGUCGUAUCAGGGAGGAAUUGGUGCUAAACAAGCUCUUAAAGAGCAUGUUUUAGCUGUUUCGAGAGAUUUUAUCUCCCAACCACGUUUAACUUACAAGACAGUGUCAGGUGUAAAUGGUCCUCUAGUCAUCCUAGAUGAGGUCAAGUUUCCCAAGUUUGCAGAGAUUGUUCAACUUCGCCUGGCUGAUGGAACCAUACGUUCUGGCCAGGUCCUGGAAGUUAGCGGGUCUAAGGCCGUUGUGCAGGUUUUUGAAGGCACCUCAGGUAUUGAUGCCAAGAACACACUCUGUGAGUUCACGGGAGACAUUCUGCGUACCCCAGUAUCUGAGGACAUGUUAGGCCGAGUGUUCAAUGGCAGCGGCAAACCCAUCGACAAGGGACCCCCCAUCCUGGCAGAGGACUACCUGGACAUUCAGGGUCAACCCAUCAACCCCUGGUCUCGUAUCUACCCUGAGGAGAUGAUCCAGACUGGUAUCUCUGCUAUUGAUGUGAUGAACUCCAUAGCCAGAGGACAGAAGAUCCCUAUCUUCUCAGCUGCUGGUCUACCUCACAAUGAAAUUGCUGCCCAGAUCUGUAGACAGGCUGGUCUGGUCAAGCUUCCAGGCAAGUCAGUUCUGGAUGACCAUGAGGACAACUUCGCCAUUGUGUUUGCUGCCAUGGGAGUCAACAUGGAGACUGCUAGAUUUUUCAAACAAGAUUUUGAGGAAAACGGAUCCAUGGAGAAUGUGUGCCUGUUCUUGAACCUGGCCAAUGACCCCACCAUUGAGCGUAUCAUCACCCCUCGUCUGGCCCUGACUGCUGCAGAGUUCCUGGCCUACCAGUGUGAGAAGCACGUUCUGGUCAUCCUCACAGACAUGAGCUCCUACGCCGAGGCCUUGAGAGAGGUGUCUGCUGCCAGAGAGGAGGUGCCUGGUAGACGAGGUUUCCCAGGUUACAUGUACACUGACUUGGCCACCAUCUACGAGCGAGCUGGGCGAGUCGAGGGCAGGAACGGCUCCAUCACACAGAUCCCUAUUCUCACUAUGCCUAAUGACGAUAUUACUCACCCCAUUCCUGACUUGACCGGAUACAUCACAGAGGGUCAGAUCUACGUUGACAGACAGUUGCAUAACAGACAGAUCUAUCCUCCUAUCAACGUGCUGCCCUCACUCAGCCGUCUCAUGAAGUCUGCUAUAGGAGAGGGUAUGACCAGGAAAGACCACUCAGACGUCUCCAACCAGCUGUACGCUUGCUACGCCAUUGGUAAGGACGUGCAGGCCAUGAAGGCUGUGGUUGGUGAAGAAGCUCUCACUCCUGAUGAUCUGCUCUACCUGGAAUUCCUCACCAAAUUUGAGAAGAACUUCAUCUCUCAAGGUAACUAUGAGAACCGCACUGUGUUUGAGUCUCUGGACAUUGGCUGGCAGCUGCUGCGUAUAUUCCCUAAGGAGAUGUUGAAGCGUAUCCCAGCAGCUACACUGGCUGAGUUCUAUCCUAGAGACUCCCGUCACACCCAGCCCAAGUAAACAUAAGAUGCUGAGGUGCAGCACAAGCUCAAAGAAGCAACAUUCCAUCAAACCUUGUAGCACUUUUGUGAAUAGUACUUACAAAUGGAUUGUGUAUAUAUUAUUUCAAACACAAAAAUGUAUAAAAUAUAGAUUUUUCUCUUGCUGGUGAAACAUAAAUAAUAUCAGUGUGCUUGAUGAUAAUUAAUUAUAGUGCUUAAUUGACAGCCCUUGAAGUCAAGUUGGUUGCAUUUUAAUUUUUUAUGUUAGUAAUUAUUGUUACUUGCUAUUUACAUUUACUGUAUUGAUUCGGCAUGUUAUGUUAAAAAAUAUAUUGAUUUAUUUUUGUAACUAAAAACUACGGGAUGUUAUUCAAAUUAUUUAAUAAAAUGUUUAUUUGAUUGUUGUGUAAAUACUCGAUUUUGAAACCUUUACUCUGACAAUACAAUGCAGUAUAAAUGUAUAAGGGAUGAACAACCUUCAGUAUUUUUCCGUGUAUUUGUUUCGGUGUCUGGGUUAAAGUCCAUUGUCUCACUGUAUUUAUAGCUUCCAUUUUAGGCGUAGAGCUUUAUUAUUAGGUUUUCAUGUAUUGAGCCAUAUAUUGUAAACUGUAAGAUAUAAAAUGUUAAAUGUUGAA